GGAACCUCGGGUCUCCACUCGCCCACAGCGGACGCCGCGCCGUGCGCCACGUGAGCCGGAGCCCGCCCCCGAGCUGCGCGCGCACCCGACUCGGCGCUGGGCAUCUCGUGACACGGGCGGGCGUUCGGGGUGAGCGGCAGGCGGCCCUCGGGGCCGCGCCACUUCCGACGCGGCGCUCGCUUCAGGUUCCGGGGCGAGCCGCGGCGGCGGCCUGGGAUUCGGGCAGGAUGGAGGAGGCCGCAAUCGGAGACGCGGAGCUCAACUGGUCCCGCCUCAGCGUGUCCGCCGAGACGCUCGAGUCGGAGCUGGAGGCGCGCGCCGAGGAGCGGCGGGGCUCGCGGGAGGCGCUGCUGCGGCUGCUGCUGCCCUACAACCGCCUGACGUCGCUGCCGCGGGCCCUGGGCAGCGGCUUCCCGCACCUCCAGCUCCUGGACGUGAGCGGGAACGCGCUCACGGCGCUGGGACCCGAGCUGCUGACUCUGAGCGGCCUGCGCACGCUGCUGGCCAGGAACAACCGGCUCGGCGGCCCGGGCUCGCUGCCCAAGGGCCUGGCCCAGUCGCCGCUCUGUCGCAGCCUCCAGGUGCUCAACCUCAGCGGCAACUGCUUCCAGGAGGUGCCCGCCUCGCUGCUGGAGCUGCGCGCGCUGCAGACCCUCAGCCUGGGCGGCAACCAGCUGCAGAGCAUCCCCGCCGAGAUCGAGAACUUGCAGCGUUUAGAGUGCUUAUACCUUGGAGGAAACUUCAUUAAAGAAAUCCCACCAGAAUUAGCAAAUCUACCUUCUCUGAAUUACUUGGUGUUAUGUGACAACAAAAUCCAAAGUGUGCCUCCUCAGCUUUCACAGUUGCAUUCACUUCGUUCUCUCAGUCUCCACAAUAACUUGCUGACAUACCUGCCUCGAGAGAUCCUCAACCUUAUUCAUCUGGAAGAGUUGAGUUUGCGAGGAAAUCCACUGGUUGUUCGUUUUGUUAGAGAUUUGACAUAUGACCCUCCAACACUUCUGGAAUUAGCUGCAAGGACCAUUAAGAUCCGAAGUAUUUCUUACACUCCUUAUGAUCUUCCUGGGAAUCUCCUAAGAUACUUGGGUUCAGCCAGCAAUUGCCCAAACCCAAAGUGUGGCGGAGUCUAUUUUGACUGCUGUGUCAGACAAAUUAAGUUUGUGGACUUCUGUGGGAAGUAUCGUCUCCCCCUGAUGCACUAUUUGUGUUCUCCAGAAUGUUCUUCCCCCUGCAGCUCUGCCACACACAGCUCCACAUCCCAGAGUGAGUCUGACUCAGAAGAUGAAGCCAGCGUUGCUGCACACAGAAUGCAGAAGGUUCUUCUUGGUUGACCAGCAGUGGGUGUUGAAAAAUACUAAAACUAAGCAAAGGUGAUUAUAAAAGAAAAUGGAGCUUGAAGAUGAUUGGAAACCUUCGUGUUUUCAUCUUGAAUGUCUGUGGAAGAGUUGCAGUGGCGUGAAAGAUUUUGCAUUCCAUCUGUCCAUUCAACUAGAUCGAGUCCAAUUCCAUAUUUAGAUUCUUUGAGUGUAGUUUAUUCUGAAUGGCAGUUCAAAAUUCAGCUGGUUGGUCACAAUUUUUAAUUAAGUCUUUGAUGAAACACUAGCAAAAUGGUACACUCUGAGGAGCAGUUAUAAUCUGCCUGGAGUGGUGUUACCUGGGGCAGUUGGGUUGACUCAAGUAAGACGUCAUGGCAGUUGUACUACCAGAAUUGUCCUGGUUUGUGCUGAACACUAUGCCAUAAAUAGAAUGAGCCUUCUCCUUGUGUCACCCUGGGUUGAGCCUUUCCAACCAACUAACCAGUACAGUAAGAACCAUCACUUUUAAAUGGAAUAUAUGAACUUCAGCUCUUGUUUUGUGUGGUUGUUACUGACUUUAUGCAAUCUAGCUGUGAUGUGUUACAGUGCCUUAAUCCUAGCAAGGAUAUGGAAGCUUAUUCUAGAAAUUAUUUCAGAGCAACCUACAACCUGACAAUAUGCAAAACACUUGGAAACGUGCUUUAACAGACUAGGUAAACAACUAUAUAGAUAACACCCAAGGACUGUGGGCCUGGAACUCUUUAUGUAGAAUGGACUGGCCAGGAACUCAGAGAUCCACCUGCCUCCACCCCCUUGUGCUGGCAGUAAAGGUGUGCACCACAACCUAUUUCCAUGGCCAUCUUCAAUUUGUUAACUGCAAUGAUCUCUUGUAAGUGUGGCUUUCACAUUUAUGGGAGGCUACAGUCGUGAUCCAUCUAUUUUCCAAAAGACAGAAUAAUUGUUCUUGACAGAAAAGUCUAGAUGGCGAGUAAUCUAAGAAAAGCUGCUUUAUAACAUUGGACUUAAUGAGGGAAAGUUGGACAUGGUUGUGCAUACCUCCAAACCAGCACUUGGGAGGUAGAGGCAGAAGAUCAGGAAUUCAAAGUUAGCCUAGGCACCACAGUGAAGUUAAGGCCAGCCUAAGCUAUAUACAUGAAAACUUGUUUCAGAGUGGGGAUGGGGAGGAUUUUAACUGUCAAACGUGUCUCCUAUGCUUGUGUUGUAUACUAAACCAAAACAUUCUCUGCAUUUGAAAGAAAAACUACAAUUAGAUAACAUGACAGUUGAAAGUAGUCAGAAUAGAGCUCGUUAUGUUCAUCCACAAUAGAAUAGUUCACGAAGUUGGUUUAACCAUUGAACACUAAGAAAGAAGUAUUGAUAAAACGGGAAUGAAAUCAUUAAAACCCUGUGUCUUUAUGGUGUAGGAGAAAAAUAGUAACAGAUUAUUGUCAUUGGAAAUAACAAAUUUUACUAAGUAGUUGAUUAUGCAAUAAAAACUAUUAUUAAAACUAAGUUGGCAUCAGAAAAUAUCUAAGUCACUACUGAUGAUUAACUAACCAACCUGUAGUAGCAUAAAGGCUGGUUGGUAAGUGCUAAAGCUACUUUGAGAUUGCAUUAGGGUGUCAGGUGCUCUCUUAAAGAGUGCUUUGUUAGAGGCCAACCCUAUGCUGAGACUAUUUGCAUGUUAGGUUUCUUGUAUAUAUUAUUUUUAUUUUAGUAGAUUAGUAGAUUAUAGGGUGAUUCAGGGUUUGUGUGUGUGUUUGUGUUACGUCAUGAAACACGAGAGUUUCGUGGCUGCAGUUGUGAAACGCUGCUAUAGUGAGUCCCCUUACCUUUUCCUCGAAAUAGUGUAGUAAGAGUAAUUAUUUUUAUUUAGUGAUUUUCUUUCUGUGUUUAUAAAAGUGAUGUUUUCUACUGCAAAUAUAAUUAUAUGAUGUUAUAAAGUCUUUGUAUUUGACCAAGUGAGCAGCUAUAAGCUGCCUACUGCAAGAUUAGGAAAGGCACGGAUGUCUUGGGCAGUAUCCAAGUGUCAAGUAAAUGCUUUGUAAUUAGAUGACAUUAGUUAAUAUAGAGUGCUUUCAUGGAAAUUGUUCAGAUUGAUGGGACCAUAUUCUCCUGGUUUAAAUACUUCUACUUUCUUAAUUGAUAGUCAUCUUGACCUAAGUAAUAGCUUGAGUAGCCUUUUAGGAAUUACUUGUAAAAUAGCCUUGUAAAUAGAGCAUCUAGCCAUACAUACUCUUUCCAGCCUCCUAGAAAGAAGGUAUACUGUUUCAUCUUUCAUAAAUAUAAAUAUUCUAGCCUGUGGCAUAUAGAUAUAUCCUAUGGUAUUCUUUCAGCAAAGUGUUUAUUGUGGUUUUUUAUGUGUAUAGUUAAGCUCUGUGAACAGUGUGCCAAAUCAAUGUGCAGCUGUCUUUUUGCAGAGAUAGGGAUUAUAGGGAUUAGAUCCAGGGUCUUAUGCAUGCUAAGCAAGCCACAGUUCAUGCCUACCUAGCAUAGUCAGCUUUUAGUGAAAUCUUCAUUGGCAGCUGUUUUACCUUUUUUUGGUUGUUUAUUUUUUUUUCUUUUUUACCCAUAUCUGGCCUUAUUCUUUACUAGAGCUGCCAAUGAUUGAUAAUUUUUUCAUAUUUUUUCUUUUUAAAAAAACUGAUUAUAGACAUUAACUUAGUGAGAUAGGAAUUGGCCAUCUAGAAAUAUGGUCAUCUUCUAAAGUCAGCAAGAUGUAUUUUGAGCAGUAGUCUGUCUCUAUAGGUAUGAAUCCUAUGUUUAUCCAGCUAAUGAACUUUUAGAAUCAACAGGGGCUAAUUUUCAUAAUACAACUAUUUUAUUUUCUGAGACAGGGCCUGGCUGUGUAGCCCAGGCUAGCCUUGAACUAGCUAUGUAGCUCAGUCAAACCUGCUUGUAAUGCUCUUGCCUCGGCUUCCCAGCUGCUGGAAUUCCAAGUGUAAAUCAUGGGCCCAGCUCAGUAUUUUACUUAGAAAUGUCCCAAAGGUGCCGAUUAGUCUAAAAAUCUUGAUGUCUGAAUUUUUGUUGCUAAUAUUAAAAACAAACACACAUUGUAGAUGGGCUUCAAAUAUGAGAAAUUUGGGGACAAUAUAAAUAAAAAUAAAGGGCAAUCCUUAAUAGUACAGCACAGUACUACAGACUAUUUCUUACAGACACUGGAAAUACUGGGUUUAAAUGAAGACUCAAGAAGGGGCUAUUUGCUGUAAUGUUAAGUAAAACAAAUCUGUAAAAGCAGCAAAGGAUAGGGAAAGAGAAGUCAUAGGUACCCAGGGAAAUCCCUGAACCAAUAAAGCUCUGUAGAGUAAUAAGAAAUUGUUUUAAAAUUAAUCUACCAAGUGGCCUCCUACUGCCAUCUAGAAACCUAUCACUAAGUUUAUUACUGCUAAUGUUAUUAUUGAAUUGGUCCCUGUUGCUGGAGGCUGUUCUAUUGCUCUCUAUAAAGCAGAGUCAGCAAGCUGUAGGCUUUCUUUCAAUCUUGCUCUUCCCAGAGUUCCUAUUGGAAAGUAGUUCCUAUUGGCCUGACUUACAAUACGGCAGGUAAUAUUAGUGAACAUUUACCUUUUUGUUGCCUUUUUUAAAAAACUGCAAAUCAAGUAUUUAGUAGUAGCUAUUUACGUAAAAAACAAAUGUUUGUUUCCAUGUCCAUGCUUGUAGAUAAGACUUUACCAGUAAAAGUAUAUAUGUAAAAUGAUUUAGCUGCAUUUAGUUUUAAAGUUUUAAAUCAUUUAUUUACUGAAAUGAUUUGCCUUUCAUCUAAAAGUAGACAUUAUUAUAAGUAUUGCUCUCCAUGUAGUCCAAAAUGCUGAUUUUCUUUUUAAAUUAAACUAAGCAUGUAACUCCCGUGGUGAAGUAUACUGUGUAGACUUUAAGCAGUGUGACCUGUAGCACAGUUCUGUUCCCUUGCUUAGAAAAGAAGUGUUGUGUUACCUCUCACUGUCUGUGUAUUAAGCAUUUAAUGUUAUAUAACAUUAAUUCAAUAGCAUGCAAUUUUAUGUUUUCAGGAUUGUGUGAUCUUUUUAAUAAUAUAGUAGGUAGCACUAUCCUUUGUGGUCUGGAAGUGCCUUUAAAGUCUUCCAUUUAACCCAAAGUAUGGAAAAAAAAGUAUAUUAUAUGGUAAAUUGUCAGUGAUGGCUGUGUGUAUUGUCAUUGACUGUGUGUAUAGGGCUUCUGGGAGGGGAAUCUUAACCAUACUGUGCCAAGAGAUCAGAGCCCUACAGAACCAAAGGUCAAGCACCACCACCCUGCUCCCAGUAGAAAAGUGUAUCUUUUAUAUGGUAUUUUAUUUAAAUGUUCAUGCUAUCACAAAGGACAGCAAAAGUUCCACUGUUGUCAUAUUUAUGGCAUCUUAGGAAAAUACUGUCACUGAGGACUAGCAUGUUUUGCCACCAAUUUUCCUAUAGGAUGAAAGGGGGAUAGUUUAAUAAGUGCCACCAUUGUUUUUAUAUUUUUCUUGAUCUCUACUAAGGAUUGAAGUAAGAAGCAUUCCACUAACUCACAAAGUUAGACACAUACAUAGUAGGUGAUAUUGAUGGGUGCUGCUAGAGUUUUACUCAGCAGUAGUUAGCUUCAAUAACUGACGUAAUAUUCAGUCUCCUGUGUGUGUGUGUGUGUGUGUGUGUGUGUGUAUGUGUGUAUUAGAUCAAGUAUCUUAGUGAAGGUUAUUCACAUACAGAAAACUCUGCAUUCACCAGAACAUACUUUAUUCUUUUGGCCAUGAAAAAAUUGAAUAAACUUGUGUUAUUCAAAACUUCAGCUGGGGAAAGAAACUAGGAUGAAGUUGGCAUUGCUGUUAUUGGAACCAUGGUUGGAUGGUUGAGAGUCCUUGUUCUCAAUUCACAUGGUCAGCACUUUCUAAAAGCCAUGUGCAGACUAGUAUUGAGGUUUGUUGCAUUCUGAGCCCACUCGGUGUUGUUAGAACAUAAUUAGAAAGGCUGUCUACAUAACCAGCCUUAGUUUUCACAAAGUUGGGGGCUUUAUAUGUCAACAAAAAAUGCUGAAAAGGUGUUACUUUUGUCAAAUUAUUAUGUAUGCUCUGACUUUUUUAAUUUUCAGUACCUAUAGUCUUGUGUAUUAGAAAUAUCUGUAUAGGUAUAUACAAUUAAAAUGUAACUCAGAAUAUAGAUCAGUAAUGGAAUUUGUUUUCUGGAAAAGGCAGAGUCCUAUUGUAUCGAAUUUAUGUAACCUUAUAUAAUGGCUACUGUGCUAAAAAGAAUGUUUAAACUAUUUAAAUUCUUGUGCCUCCUCACCCAAAGGACAUGAAAAAAUAUAUUAACUUUAUAUAUCUUCUUUAUGAAUUUUGCCUUAAACAUUGUGCCUUGUUUUAUUAAAUUGUUUUUAUUAGACUCCAAUUCUGGUUUUUGUAACAGCAUUUUAUUCUAAACAAGCAUUUAGAAAAACCUUUAUAAUGCCUGUAUUUGAUAUAUUACUGUUUAUCUGUUUAUGGAAAUUAUUGAAUAUACAACUCUAAAAAUUAA